AUGGACGCUCCAAGAAGCCCUAUCGAAGAGAAGGAGUUCGAAGGACCAUCCGUAGAUUCCGCUGAUUUACAAGAAAGAAUUGCCGCUCGCCGAUUACGCAUUAAAGCCAGAGUAGAAGCUGCCAAAAGAGAAGCUGCAGAGGAUGAUAGCAAAAAGAAAAAGUCCCUCGAUUCCAGUAAAGAGCAAACAGUUAGCAGAAAGCAAGUUGAGCAGAGUCGCCUGAGAUUGGCCAAGCUUAUUUCUGAUGGAUCCGAGUUAGUAUCCAAUGUUAAAAUUGCGGCCGAUUCCCGAACAAUGACUCAUGUUAAUGAAGAAGAUAAUAAAAUUAGAGCAAAGAGAGAAAAGCUAGAAGCUGAAGCAAAAUCAGCAUCCGAAAGAUUUGAAGAGAUUAAUGGAAUGUGGGAAGUAGCUUUAGCUAAAAAAAUUCCUCAGGAGCUUAAUAUCAUGUUGGAAGAACAAAGAUCAGCUUGCGAUGCCAUGGUUGAAGAAAAAGAUAAACUGAUAAGCGAAUUUCAACAGGAACUGAAGGUAAAGGAUGACCUAUAUAUUAAAGAUCUACGUAAGCAGGCCGAAGAUAUUGAUUUAAUGAUUACCAGAAUGGAGGAACAGAUUAAAAACCUUACAAAAGCAUACGGCGAAGAGUUGUUACAAAUUGAGAAAUCAUUUGUAGCAGAAAGGGGAGAUAUAAUGAAUGCUCACACCAAGAACUGGGAGCAGCUAAUGACUCAGCGUCGUGACAAAGAAGUGGAAUAUAUGAAAGCGAGAGAAAAGCGUGUUGAAGACUACGAGCAACAAUUGCAGCACUUACGUGUAGAAGAUGCUGAAGAAUAUAAUAUGGUCAAAAUAAAGUUAGAAACAGAUGUUCAAGUGCUAGAACAACAGCUUCAGGCUAUGCGCGCAACAUAUCAACUAAAUCAAGAAAAGUUGGAAUAUAACUUUCAGGUUUAA